GCCAGCCCGGUCCCUCCGAGGGCUGGGUCUGCCCCGGAGGAAGCGCGCGAGGCGGAGCUGGGGAAUAACAACAGGAUGUGCAACCCACAGGACGAGGAGGGCUGGUUGAAAGCCUUAAGUUCGCGGCGGGGCUGCGGGGCACUUCCUUUAUGAGGCGACUUAGGGAGAGCGAGAGCAGAGGGGGGUGUGGGCUCCGCGCCUCCCGCCCGAUCGCCGGGGAAGGGGCUGUGUGUGCCAGCGCGCCCGGCUCCUCCGUUGUGGGUGGCAGGAGGUCCGCCGUGUUGGCGAGUCCCGGACUGGACAUGGCAGACCAUAUGAUGGCCAUGAACCACGGGCGCUUCCCCGACGGUACCAACGGGCUGCACCACCACCCUGCCCACCGCAUGGGCAUGGGGCAGUUCCCGAGCCCGCACCACCACCAGCAGCAGCAGCAGCAGCCGCAGCCGCAGCCCCAGCACGCCUUCAACGCCCUCAUGGGCGAGCACAUACACUACGGCGCGGGCAGCAUGAGCGCCGCGGGCGGCGGCAUCCGGCACGCGAUGGGGCCGGGGACUGUGAACGGAGGGCACCCGGCGAGCGCGCUGGCCCCCGCGGCCCGGUUCAACAACUCGCAGUUCCUGGGCCCCCCGGUGGCCAGCCAGGGAGGCUCCCUGCCGGCCAGCAUGCAGCUGCAGAAGCUCAACAACCAGUAUUUCAACCACCACCCCUACCCCCACAACCACUACAUGCCGGAUUUGCACUCUGCUGCUGCCGCCGCCGCCGCCGCCGCUGCAGGCCACCAGAUGAACGGGACAAGCCAGCACUUCCGAGAUUGCACCCCCAAGCACAGCGGCGGCGGCAGCACCACCCCGGGCUCGGGGGGCAGCAGCACCCCUGGCGGCUCCGGCGGCACCUCCGGCGGCGCGGGCAGCGGCGGCAAUAGCGGCAGCGGCGGCAGCACCAUGCCCGCCUCCGUGGCCCACGUCCCCGCUGCAAUGCUGCCGCCCAAUGUCAUAGACACUGAUUUCAUCGAUGAGGAAGUGCUCAUGUCCUUAGUGAUAGAGAUGGGCUUGGACCGCAUCAAGGAGCUGCCUGAACUCUGGCUGGGGCAGAAUGAGUUCGAUUUCAUGACGGACUUCGUGUGCAAACAGCAGCCCAGUCGAGUCAGCUGUUGACUCCGAUCAAAACACCAGGCGAAAAGGAAAAAAAAAGAAAUCAAACCCUCCCAACUUCUUCUUCGGUGUGAAUUAAAAAAAAAAAAACAAACACAAAAAGCAUUCCCUUAGACACAGUAUCUCAACUUUUCAAAUCCUUGAAAGGUCUGAGAACUUGGAAACAAAGUAAACUAUACACUUGUACAAAUUGGUUUAAAAAAAAAAUUGCUGCCACUUUUUUUUUUCUCCUCCUGUUUUUGUUUCGUUUUUGUAGCCUUGACAUUCACCUCCCUUAUGUAGUUUGAAAUAUCUAGCUAACUUGGUCUCUUUUUUUGUUGAUGUUGUUGUUGUUUGUUUUUUACUCCUUGAUUUCCUCACUUUCUCCAGUGCUCAACUGUUAGAUAUUAAUCUUGGCAAACUGCUUAAUCUUGUGGAUUCUGUAGAUGGUUUCAAAUGACUGAACUGCAUUCAAAUUUAUGAGUGAAAGGAAAAAUUGCAUUAGUGGGUUGCAUGAACUCUGAAGGGCAGAUGCACAAACUCUGCCACCUCGCUUCAUUUUUUU